CGUUCCCUAGGCAACGUACUGCUUUUUUGCAUGACGUUAAACAUACCACUAUCAAUAUUUCGUGGAGAGGUUAGGGUUAGGUAACUGAUUCGUAUUUCUUGGCCUUAUUUAAAUUAUUAUUGAACCUUAAGUUUGUCUUCAAUGAAAGUACCUUAUGAUAUCUAAAAAAAUCCACUUUAUUUUCCUGCCUUCUCAUGGAUUACAUUGCACUAACCCAUCGUUAGGAUGGCGUCAUCAAAAUUAGGUGCCGAUAGUUCUAAGACAGCUAGUACAACUGGUGGAAGUGUGGUUAAGUCAAACGUUCCAGAAGCGAAAUGGGUCCACGUUUACAUCAACGGCGAUGAAUUUUUUCCAGGUUUUAAAUGUGUGAUAAAUAAUAAAAAUUACAGAAAUUAUGAAUCUGUAUUAAAUUAUUUGACAGAAAAACUUCAACCAAGCUUUGGUGCAGUAAGAAACAUCUAUACUCCUGUACAUGGAACAAAAGUAGAAGAAAUCAAAUAUUUGAAAAAUAACCACAAGUACGUGGCCGCAGGCAAUGAACGUUUCAAAAAGUUUGAACCAGGAUAUGGAGAAAUUGGAGGAAGAACAAGAAAACCAGUGCAUAAAACCUACUCAAAGAUCAAACCUGUUGUACAUAGCAGAAUCCAAGCAGCUUCUAAAGUUUACAAAUCUGCACCGGAAGUUAUUACAGUAUUUGUCUUCAAGAAUGGAGAUGACCUGUCACCAGCUCAUAAAUUUGUCAUCACUAAAAGAGAACUAAAAAACUGGAACCAUCUGUUACAAACAAUUGGAGAAAAGGUCCAGCCACAAUCCUGUUUUCUCAGAAGUGGUGAGUCAACUGACCAAGUUGUAAGACUUCACACAAUUGAUGGAUUUCAAAUUAAAGGCCCAGAGGAUUUGGUUAAUGGUAAAAAGUACGUAGCAGUUGGACAUUGUGAGACCUUUAGAAAACUUAAAUAUGGGGUAACAAAAGAGCACCUCAACCUAUCAACAAAGUUAACUCCAGCAUCACAACGUCGUCUUCCUUUGAAAGCGGGAAACAUGGGAAAAACAAUGACAAGAAAACCUCUGAGGGAAAAAUCCAAAGAUGAUUUUCAGAAGUUAACUACAGUCACCAAUGAAGAGGAAAUCAAGCCAAUCCUAACUUCAUCUGCUGCUGACGAUCUCUUUCAUGCAAAGAGCAGCAGUAGCAAGUCAGAUGAAUGUAUUAGGGAAGUUGACCUUGAUCAAGACCUGGGUGGAGUCUAUAAAGCCAAACAGCGAAGUCAGAUAACAGAAGGAGCAAAAGAAGUACAGGAUUCUUCUGACACAGCUAUAGACUUACCAAUUGAUGACAUAGAUGCUGAGGAAGUUGUCGAGGAGGAUGAGGACAGCACUAAUUUGGAGAUUGAACAAAAGAUGCAUGAACUAAGCUUUGCAGCUCCUGAGGAAUUGGUUCCUUACUUACCCUCAGUACAGGGAAGACACAAUGCUAGCAAGCACAACAUGGUACAACAGGAGAACAUCCACAGUGUUUCUCAAGAUAUUGUAGCCUAAUGAAUAAUCAACAUGGGUAGCCAUCCUACUAGUAAAAAAAAUAUAUUUGUUAACUAAUUUGUUGUUGUAUGAUGAAUACCAGACAGCACAGUUUAAUUUAGUACAAAAGAUGAGUAGUACAACUACUACAUGAAGUGAACAUUAAUUUUCUUUCAUGUACUGAUAAAUUUAACAUUAAUGUUCUUAAGCCUAAACUUAUCAGUAUUAAAUUAAUUUAAGAGGACAAUAUGUUAUUUGCUCAAAAACUAUUAUAAAGUAAUACUAUUAAAUUAUACAAUUACAUAAUAAACAUAAAUUUGUUUCUUUGCAAAGGCAUAUAUACAAGUUUUACGUUCUUCAAAUAAAUAAAUAUAUUAACGUUUUCAGCCUUGCUUAGAGAUGAAAAGCUUUUUACUGCUCUUGUAAGAGAUCAAAUGUGUUCUUAUGAAAAAUAUGAGUUCCAGCUUACCUCUAUGUACAUAAAAGUAGAAAAUUUGUUAUUUUCCUUUGAAAGACAAUGAAGAGGGUAAAAUUUAUUAACUUGGGUAAUUGUACUGGGAGGAUACAAGGAUGUAAGGAGAAAAUUUUUAGAGCAUGCUCUGUUUCUUAAUGCAAAAGCAGGGUUUAAUAAGAAUAAAACAAAUAUAAAUUAUUUUAAACGAAUCACUAAUUGAUAUACAUUUCUAUAAAUUAUUUCUUUGUAAUUCGAGAAACAAAUUGUUCACCUUUGUUUCUGUUAUGACAUCUGAAAUCCCAUGAUUUUGUUUCACUUCAUGGUCAUGAUAGACCUGCAAUGUUAAAAUGAAAUCUCAACUAAAUCAAUUUUGGCAGCUCAAUAUACUAAGUACUUGUACAGGUGGGUAAUCUGUAAUAGUUACUUAACAAAAAAAACUAAGAAAUAGCAUCUUUUUUUGCUUUAUUACUUCUGUGAAAAAUAAAGCUGGUAUGUUAAACUAAAAUAACAGUUUUGUUGUAUAUAAAUGAUAAAUUUUAAUAAAAUGA